AUGGGUAUUCUACAUGAUGAUGUAGUGAUCAUAACGCAGGCAGAGAAAGAGGGAGACCCAAGUGUGAUUACAAUAAAUUGUCCUGAUAAGACUGGCUUGGGUUGUGACUUGUGCCGCAUCAUUCUCUUCUUUGGUCUUAGCAUUGUCAGGGGAGAUGUAUCAACGGAUGGGAAAUGGUGCUACAUAGUGUUUUGGGUUAUUGGAAGUCCAGAGACAAGAUGGGGUUUGUUGAAGAAGAGGCUAGUGGGGACCUGUCCUUCUUGUUCCUCAGCUUCUGGGAUUUCUUUUUACCGGUCUGAAUUGCAGCCACCAAAGCCUCCUGAUGUGUUCCUUCUCAAGUUCUGUUGUUAUGAUCGAAGUGGGCUCUUACAUGAUGUGACAAGGGUUCUCUGUGAACUCGAGCUGACCAUCAAGAAAGUUAAGGUAUCCACCACGCCAGAUGAGAAAGUGAUGGACCUGUUUUUCAUCACAGACACCAGGGAACUUCUGCAUACAGAUAAGAGAAAGGAGGAGGUGUCUGACUACUUAAAAGCAGUCACAGGAGAUGCCAUGAUAAGUUGUGAAAUUGAAAUGGUUGGUCCUGAGAUUACUGCAUGUUCACAGGGGUCUUCAUUUCUUCCAUCUGCAAUUACCGAAGACAUGUUUGAUUUGGAAAUGCCCGCUGAACUCCCAAGUGGAUCACUCACCUCCAGAAGUGUUUCUGUGACUAUGGACAACACUCUGAGUCCUGGUCACACGCUGGUCCAAAUCAUUUGCAAAGACCACAAGGGUCUUCUUUAUGAUAUAAUGAGAACGCUAAAGGAUUACAAUAUUCAGAUCUCUUAUGGGCGCUUCUCUAUAAAACAAAGAAGACACUGUGAGAUUGACUUGUUCAUCGUGCAAGCUGAUGGAAAGAAGAUCGUUGACCCUAGCAAGCAGAAUGCAUUGAGAUCCCGCUUGCAGCUGGAACUGCUUCGUCCUCUCAGAGUAGCUAUUGUUAACCGAGGUCCAGACACAGAGCUGCUGGUUGCAAACCCUGUGGAAUUAUCUGGCAAGGGCCGGCCUCUUGUUUUUUAUGACAUCACCCUUGCUUUCAAGAUGCUGAACACUGGCGUCUUUUCGGCUAAGAUUGGACGGCAUCUAAUUGGAGAUAGGGAAUGGGAAGUUUAUAGAGUCUUGAUUGAUGAAGGGGAUGGCUUGUCAGUUCCGAGGAACAAGAUUGAAGAACAAGUUUGGAAGAUGUUGAUGGGUUGGGAGUGA